AUGUCGAUGUUCCGUGCCAAGAAGCUCGAUCUGGGCUGUUUCGUCAACAUUCGGACGAUUCGUGACCACACCAAGCGCCAGGUCUUCAUGGAGCACGAGCCCGAGAGGCAAGCUCUCCGCCACAUCAUCCGCAACGCGACCCUCCCUCCCCGUGUGCGCGCAGAGGCGCAGCUCCAGCUGUCGCAGAUGCACUCCUACACCCGCUCGACUCAGAUCCGCAACCGCUGCAUCCUGGGAGGCAAGUCAAGGGGUGUCUUCCGUGACUUUAAGAUGACGAGGUACAACUUCCGUAUGCAGGCCUACGAGGGCAACCUGCCUGGUGUGAAGAGGGCCAGUUGGUAA